CACCGGAUUUGGUAGUUGGCCCCUAGUUCAAGUGCAGACGGGACCGAGAUGAAGCAAUUUGUUGUGUUGUCAAUGGCGGUGGCCAUUGCGCUGGGAGCGGCCAUCGAGCGGCCCACGAAGGAAGUGGACGUCAACGAGGACGGUUCGGACGCCAAGGUGCACGAGAAGCGAGGACUGAUCGAUUACUACGACCAUGGGUACAAGCAUCAGCAGAUGCAGCACGGCAGUCAUGAACAUCAGGAGAAGCCAGAAAUGCAGGGUGGAUUCAAGCCUUCGUUCGGAUAUGAAGUCGCGGAGGAGAACUACCAGCACUUUAAGGAUCAUUACUUCCAGCAGCAACACGAGCGUCAACAGAACAGCCAGCACGACUGGAAGAACGACAAGCACGUUGUCAUCACCCGAACGAAGAAGGUUCCAGUGCCGUACCGCGUAGAAGUCGAGAAGCACACGAUCAUCGAGAAGAAGAUUCCAGUGCACAUUGACCGCCCGGUUCCGUACCGUGUCGAAGUCGAACGUAAAGUGCCCGUGUACAUCGAGAAGAAGGUUCCAGUUCAUGUAGAUCGCCCUGUGCCAUACCCAGUUAAGGUCCCAUACGCAGUCGAAGUCGAGAAGAAGGUCCCAGUGUACGUUGAGAAGAAGGUCCACGUUGAUCGUCCAGUCCCGUAUCGCGUCGAAGUGGAAAAGAAGGUUCCAGUCGUCGUCGAGAAGAAAGUCCCAGUCCAUGUCAAUCGGUACGUCCCGUACCCAGUGGAAGUCAAGGUUCCCGUAGUCCACAAGGUCGAAGUCGAAGUGCCCAAGCCAUUCACCGUCAAGGUCCCGAAGCCAUAUCCGGUGUACAUCGAGAAGGAAGUCAUCAAGCACGUCGAUCGCCCCGUCACAGUAGAAGUGGAGAAGAAGGUCGAAGUUCCUGUUUUCCACAAGGUCGAAGUCCCCAGACCGUAUGCCGUCUACAUCAACAAGCAGAUCCUGGCCGACCAGCACGACAAAGAGCAUGCCCAUCACCACGAACAUCAUCAUGAGAAUCAUCAUGAACAACAUCACCAUGACGAGGAGGAGAACAAGCCAGUGGCCCUCAAGGUGACCAAGUUCGUCGAGGAAGAGCAUCACGAGCAUGAGCAGCACCCCCAGUCGAACGAGCACCACUCGUACCAGGGUGAAGAGUACCUGCCCCGUCAGCACCAGCACCACCAUCAAGCCCAGGAGCAUGAUCAUUCUGUCGCUGAACACCAGGUUCAGCACAACAAUGAACAUGCCGAUGAUAGCGAGGAACAUCACCAGCAGCACUACCAAUACCAGCAGCAGCAGCAUCACGAGCAUCACCACCAGCAGCAGCACGAACAGCACGAGGAGCACCAUCACAUUCCGACGCACCACAAGCGUGAGUCCAAGCAGUAAACGGUGACCUUCUGCUG